GGCUGCGUGCGAGCAGAUGGGAAGAAAACUGCCAUAUUCGUCGAGAAAAAAUAACCAUGACUUGCUCGACCACUUCUCUAUUAUGUUGCGCUCUGUUAGAUACAAGCACAGUCACGGUGUGAAACAUCAUGAGAUUCAGGAGAUUACUCGCAACUUCUCUUCUUUUCACGAGUCUCCUUGUUAGAGUGGCGUCGAAAAGUGGACACGGGCGACGGCCAUUCUUCAUCAUCGGGCACAUGGCCAACACUAUUGCUGAAGUUGAUCAAUUCUUAGGAGAAGGCGCCAAUUCCGUUGAAGUCGACAUUGAGUUUGCGAGGAACGGCACCGUGCUGGGAACACAUCACGAGUUGUUUCCUUGCGAGUGUUUUAGGGUCUGCGGCAAGCGAACAAGCAUCAAAAAGUUCCUAACGCACAUCCGUGAAAUCACCGCUCACCCAAGCUCACGCUACGCCGGGAAGAUGAUACUUCUAUUCCUCGACUUGAAGACCUCCAAGGUUCCCGCCGAGUAUAAGUUGACGGCCGGACGAACACUCGCUGAGAGCCUCGUAACGUAUCUUUGGAAUGACGUGACUCAGAAUCGAACCAUGAAUGUACUAAUUUCCAUCGGCUACAUUAAUGACCAAGAUGUCCUGAAAGGUGCCAUUAAGUAUCUGAGUCAGGAUAAAUAUCUUCAUCUUCAGAAAAAAAUAGGUUUUGACGUGGGCAUGAACGCUCCACUACACGACAUCAGGCGUAUGUACGAAAAAAUGGGCAUCACUCAUCACCGUUGGCAAGGUGACGGUCUCAUGAAUUGCUUCCGAUUUCUUAUACCGCAUAACAGAUUGAAGGAGGCAAUUCAGGAACGCGAUACACCCGGCGGCUACAUCGAUAAGGUGUACUACUGGACUGUCGAUCUACCUGAAAACAUUGCGAAAGCUAUCAGCCUUGGCGUUGACGGCAUCAUUACCAACAAACCCGAAAAUGCAUUUGACGUAGUCGUAGGCAGAUUCGCACGUCAGCUGAAGAUCGCCGAUAUCAGCGACAGCCCAUGGGAGAAGUUUCAGAGACCGAAGAUGGGAAAGGAGGCAAAGGAUUAUCCUAACAAAGGUGGUGACCAAUGGAGGAAAACUAGUUGAUCGGUGUCAUUUGAGAAGAUGCCACGAAUUCUCACACUGGGCAAUUUUGAACUCUUCUAGCAGAAAAAUAUUCCAUCGUUUGCAAAGUUCUGACUGAUUCUCACAUUUUCUCGACCGCAAAAUUGUAGGUCACACGUUUGUCCUUGUUUUCAGGUGAAGACACAGACGAAAGGCAAACGUACAUUAAAAAAAAACCCACUAAGAGAUUUCUGAAUGAUUUACUGUUUAUUAUUAUUUAUAUUAUGCCUAGAAUA